GAGGAAGCGCUGGAAGACGAAGGGGCAGGAGCGAGUGGUCUAUGCAGUUUUAUGCUUACCUAAGUGAGCAAUGCCGACAUGACAUAAUGAGAUCUGUCACGUGGCACCGUGUUGGUCUCGUGUCUGAUCCGCUCGCGUGUCCUCGACCCCUGCCACUUUUUUCCUCCCCCACCAUCUUUGAUUCCCUGAAUGAUUGUCGCGUCAUUCACAUUGCUGUUCAUCAAGUCAAAGCCGGUUCGACAAUGAGAUGUCACGAUGCCGCGGUCCAAAACCCUUCAAGCGGCAGAGAAGAAAGCCAUCGAGGGCAAUAACGAAAUCGCAAGACAGCCAAGCCAUUUUUGACCGAUAUGUGGCAGAAUACGGGAUCGGCGUGACAAGCAGCUCGCCCCCAAGAGUAUCGUCCGCCGCGUCGCGACACACUUUGAGAAGCGAUAAGCGACAUCGCGACAGUCUUCUUUCGCGCCAUUCCGAUCCGUUGAGCCAAGGCGAAAGUCAGCGAACUGCUCAAUCUUUCCCCAAUACUGCUCCGCUGGUAACGAGUAUCCGUACUGAAAGCGCGCACGACCUCGAUCACGAAACUCCGUUACCCGCGUUGCCUGCUGUCGCUGCCGCUGCGGAUGCUGCAGACCCAGAUUGCGGCCCAGAUCCCGACACAAUUCCUUCGACUCUGCCCUUGACCAAGCUCAACAACGGUGACAACUCGAAUUGUCUUGCAGCAGACCCAAAGCUUCAUCUCGACCGCGACGCGAUAAAUACGAUACCUGACGAGGUCCCCGCACCAUGCACUGCCCACAAAACCGCGAGGAAAGUCAAUACCCUCCCUAGAGCUUCGGGCCGCGCGCUCUCCACGAAAGUCAAGAUGGAUGUCUCGCAGCAAUCCCCUACUCAAGAUAACGACGAUCGGGACUACGAGAAUUACUACGAAGGUCCUUCAUUCGUCGAGACGAGUCCCAUUUCACAGGACCACAGCGCCGAGCCGCCAGCGAUUCACGAGGAAGAUUCCGCAGUUGUUGACUUCGGCAAUCUCGACCAUCUGAUCCAAGGCGACACUCAGGGAGACACUCAAGGCGACGAAGAGCCUUCAUCUUUCCCCGACCACGCCGCCCCGGUACAUACCCGUGGAGCUUGGCGGAAUCGCACCUCCAGUUCUCAACAACAAUCCUCUGUUCAGCGUACCGACGGCCAGUCUCCUUUGCUGCCGACCGCCCCUCCACCGCAGACUCCAGCGCGACGGCACAACCCCUUUGCCGGGAAGAAGCUAGGCGACCCUGCUUUAGCAGGAUCUCAACUUUUUGGCCAGACGCAGUUCUCAUCCGCCGUGAAGCAUUUCAGCCCUACCUCUUCGAGACCAUCGCCGCACGUCUACGCGCACAACUCCAUCUCACCCAACAUAGCCGAGACGUCGCCUCUUAAGAACCGGUACAACGUCACAUCACCUCCCGAUUUGCUUUCUUCGAGUCCUCAAGCUCUGCGAGUCGAAGGCCCGGCGCCCUACGACCGCCAACAUAGCCCGAGCUACUCUGCGCCACUCGAAGAUGGCACCAUACCGGAGUCGCCGCAAAUGCCCCCCAUAAACACACGGGGCCUACCAGAACCGACGGGCAUUUACGAAAGCAUGAUGGAAUCACAAGAGAGGAAAAGAAAGAGUGCUGAGAUCCAGCCCGAGCUUUCGGGAGAGGAAUCCGACGACGUGGCCGCAAAAGUGGAGCGGAGGAAACGUGCUGCAAUGAAAAAGAAGGCGGCUGCGCAAGAUCUUACAGCUAUUCCCGUGCAGCGAGCAAGCUCUAAUGCGUCUGUGGAAGUGCCCUCAACGACCAGCAAGCCGAGGAAACCCCCGCCAAGGAGGAUGCGAUACCGUGCUCGACGUGCUGACGAGGACUCGACUGCAUCCGAAGAUGAGGGCGAGGGGUUCACAGUAGCCGAUUCCCAAGGCCACGCAGCCGAUCAGCCAACUCGUGCCAGAAAGUCGCCUGACGCUGUGGAAGUAGGCAAUGGCACGAAAAAUGGCCUUGUCUCGAGCAACGAUGCGGUGCCCGACAGCGCCGGGCCAACCCAGAAGUCUGCCUCAAAUGGCGUGGUACCUGGCACAGAAAGUUCGGGCAACGGAUCUCGGCCCAAGGACCUCCUUAUACCGGAAACCAGUCCCAACAAUACUCAAUCUCGGCCAGAAGGGAAAGAUGACGUACCGCUAGACGUGUCAGUGGACAUUAAGAAGUCACAACAGGCAGAGGAACCGGAUGCACCGGUGAUCCAGCCAAAGGACAUUGAAGCCGAGAUCGAGCUUCUACCCGAGACCCCAGAGCCCUCUCUCCCUCAGCCUUCUCGCCGAUCGAGCCGCAAGUCCAAGCCAACCCUCAAGGCACAGGUUCUCAAAGGUGCUCAUAGUGCCGCCGUGUCCUCAGAUGCCGCCGGAACCAACGGGGCUACAUCGCCUACCAAGGAGGAGCCAGAUACAGAUCGAGUUUCGCAGGGAAACGGCGCUACAGCGGUCGACGAGGUGAUGGCUACACCGACAGAUGUGAUCCAUGCAGCAAUGAAUUCGACGGUGAAUGGCGAGCCGCCUAUGCCAUCUUCACCGCCCCUACCAAAGGCUACAAAGGGUGUUGGGCCUCCGGAUACGGUUCUCGGUGAGAGUCUUGCCGAGCAAGGUCCGACGACGCCCGACAUUCGUGCCAAUCCUGCCGCUCCGACUGCUCCUGGCUCAACAACAUCAACACUUAGCGUACUUACAACCACACCGGUCCCAUCCUCCAAGAGUCCGACUGCGUCACAAGAAUCGAUUGAACUACCACCUCUCUCACCUGAUAAGUCCAAACGUGGACGCCUGCCUGCCAAGGCCUUGCCUAGACUCGCCACUGGAUCGAGGGCUCCCAAGCAAGGUACUCGGAAGCAGGUCCGAAGGGCAACUCGCCUUGAUUCCGCGUCGACAGAUGAGCUGCAUCGAUCACCAUCUGUCAACGGAUUCGAGAACAGUAUCAUUCAACCUCCGAAGACUAGCGUCAGAGGCAGCCGCCUAUCGAUGCUCUCUCACACAUCAACGUCGAAAGACGACGCUAGCAAGCCUCCUAUUUUUGCUGGCAUGGCAUUCGCAAUAUCUUUCCAAUCGAAAAAGGACGGUGAAAAAGUGGAUCACUUCGAGCAACGAAUGGGUCAAAGUCGCGAAAUAGAGAAAAUGAUUCUACAGUGCGGAGGCUUGUUGUUGAGCAAUGGCUUUGACGAGCUCUUCGAGCCCAACGCUCUCGGAAGCACGGCAACCAGCCCAGCUUCAGAAACAAGGGACGAAAAUCCACUGACGCUGACCCCGUUUGCGCAGACCAUUGGUUUCACCGCCUUGAUCGCUGAUGGUCACUCCCGCAAGGUCAAGUACAUGCAGGCUCUCGCUCUAGGGCUGCCGUGCAUUUCGGACCGUUGGAUUGCUACUUGCGUCUCGAAAGGCGCUGUGGUCGAUUGGCUCCCAUAUCUGCUCUGCGCUGGUCAAUCCACUUUCCUCCGUGAUGCCAUCCGAUCGCGAUAUCUAGCGCCCUAUCCGGCCACUGACGCACGACUUGUGGACGUCAUUGAAAGGAGGCCGAAGAUGCUGGAAGGCAGCCAAAUCCUGCUCGUGAUGAAAAAAUCUAGGGCUGAAGAAAAGAAGAUGCCAUACGUGUUCUUGGCACAUGUCCUCGGCGCCACACUCUCAAGGGCGUACAGCGUCAAUGAAGCAAAAGAGACCCUGAGGCAGCGAGAACUACUUGAAGACCCGUUUGACUGGGUCUAUGUCGAUGAACAUACCGGAUCGGAGGAAGGAUUAUUCAGCGCUGUUGCUCCCGCAUCCAAGCCUUCGAAAGCAUCGAAGAAGCGAAAGAGGGCAGCGCCGGCAACUGACGACGCUCCCCGGCCGCCAAAGAGAAUCAGGACGUUGAGCAACGAGCUUGUCAUACAGAGCCUCAUUCUAGGACGGAUGAUUGAAGAAGGUGAAAUGGAGGUCUAAGUCACAUGGAAUUGUAUUACUAUAUGAGAUCUGGGAUGGAAAAAAGGACGAAGGGAGUUGGUACAAGGCACUUUUACGGCGUUUGAGCAUGGGACGGACAUAUUAUGAGGAUGAUACCUUUAAGCGAGAGAGCUUUGAUGUGCUUUUGGUCAACGACCAAUAUCACCGCAGUUAUUCGAGAUGAAUCAACACGAUUGAAGUCAUGUUUCCUGCGAGAUGAUGAGUCGGUUCAGCAGUGGUUCACGAGAAGCACA